GUCCUUCACCUUAUUAAUGACUAGAUAAGGACUAAAAUUUUGGUUUUUUGAUGGUGUACGUACUAGUGAGAAACAGUCGUCCAUUUCCAUUCAAACGCAGCGGCGCAAGUAAUUGAAUCGAAGAAACCGAUGAGGGCCGAGGUUGAUACGGUUUUCUGUUGAUUAUUCUAGCCGCCAGCCAGCCAGCACAGCACAGCAGCAACCGUCGCGUUCGUCCAUCCCAAGGCGACACCGCCACCGACAGGUGAGCCCCACGCCACAUCCUCCUCCCACUAUUUAUACAGCUCGCUCAUCGCCAUCGAUCAGCAGCAUCCGGUCCUCCAUUUCUUGGCUUCCAGAAGCAUCAAGCAAGCAUCUAGUAGCAGCUCAGCAUCGUCCAUGGGGUCCCGCUACGAGGUGGAGGUGACGGUGGGUUCCGCCGCCAACCUCAAGAACGUCAACUGGCGCAACGGCGACCUCCAUCCCUACGCCGUGCUCUGGGUCGACGACGGCCCCAAGUGCUCCACCCGCGUCGACCUCGACAACGGCGAGGACCCCGUCUGGGACGAGAAGCUCCUGCUCCCCGUCCCUCCGUCCGUGGCCCGCCUCGAGGACGCCGUCCUCUGCGUCGACGUCGUCCACGCCGACGCCGCCGAGGGCGUCAAGCCGCUCGUCGGCUCCGCGCGCCUCCCGCUCCGCGACGUCCUCGACGACGCCGGCAUCGGGGGCAAGGUCUCGCGCAGCCUCAGGCUCAAGCGCCCCUCGGGCAGGCCGCAGGGCCGCCUGGAGGUCCGCGUCUCCGUUCGCGAGGCCGCGCCGCGAUACUACGGCUACGAGUCGUCGUACCCGGCGCCGGCCUACGGCGCCGGAGUAGGAUCGCGCGACCCGUACUACGCGGCCCCUCCGGGUCCCGGCUACGGCGGCCAGCAGCCGUACGCCGCGCCGCCGGCGGGCUACCCGGCCUACGGCGGUUACGGAGCCGCCCCCGCCGCCGCCGCUCCUCCAGCGCCACCGGUGGCUUACGGGGCGGGUAGUGGUGAUCCUUCUGCUGCCGCGGCGUACGGUUCUGCUGCCCCCGCGGCGACCAAGAGCAAGAUGGGGAUGGGGACGGGGCUUGCGGUGGGCGCGGCGGCGGGGCUGCUGGGCGGGCUGGCGCUGGCGGAAGGGGCAAGCUACCUGGAGGACAAGGUCGAGGACCACGUGGCGGAGAAGGUGGAGGAGGACCUGUACGACGACGCCGACGACGGUGGCUACGACGACGACUACUAAUCCCCGAUCUCCUCUACUGUGAGAUCGAGAGUGAGAUAACAAGUGCCCUGUGCACUUACGUUGUGUCAUUGUGUGCGAGAGAGAUCGAGUCAGACAAACUCCAUGUUUUAUUUUACUUUCUUUUCCUUUUCGUUUGGUUGCCCUUGUACUUGUUCGAUCAAUUCAUAUAAUCCAAGCUUUGCUUUGAUUAAUUGAGCUUU